CGCCCCGCCCCUGCCCCCGCCCGGGCGGCCAUGGCCAUUCCCGGCAUCCCCUAUGAGCGACGGCUUCUCAUCAUGGCGGACCCUAGAGAUAAGGCGCUUCAGGACUAUCGCAAGAAGCUGCUGGAGCACAAGGAGAUUGACGGCCGUCUAAAGGAGCUAAGAGAACAACUAAAAGAACUUACCAAGCAGUAUGAAAAAUCUGAAAAUGAUCUGAAGGCCCUACAAAGUGUUGGGCAGAUUGUGGGUGAAGUUCUCAAGCAGUUAACUGAAGAAAAAUUCAUUGUUAAAGCUACUAAUGGACCAAGAUAUGUUGUGGGUUGUCGUCGGCAGCUUGACAAAAGUAAGCUGAAGCCAGGAACAAGAGUUGCUUUGGAUAUGACUACACUAACUAUCAUGAGAUACUUGCCAAGAGAGGUGGAUCCACUAGUCUAUAACAUGUCCCAUGAGGACCCGGGGAAUGUUUCUUAUUCUGAGAUUGGAGGACUGUCAGAACAGAUUCGAGAAUUAAGGGAGGUGAUCGAAUUACCUCUUACAAACCCAGAACUAUUCCAGCGCGUAGGAAUAAUACCUCCCAAAGGCUGUUUGUUAUAUGGACCACCAGGUACAGGAAAAACACUUUUGGCAAGAGCUGUGGCUAGCCAGCUGGACUGCAAUUUUUUAAAGGUUGUAUCUAGUUCUAUUGUAGACAAGUACAUUGGUGAAAGUGCUCGUUUGAUCAGAGAAAUGUUUAAUUAUGCCAGGGACCAUCAGCCAUGCAUCAUUUUUAUGGAUGAGAUAGAUGCGAUUGGUGGUCGUCGGUUUUCUGAGGGUACUUCAGCUGAUAGAGAGAUUCAGAGAACUUUAAUGGAGUUACUGAAUCAAAUGGAUGGAUUUGAUACUCUGCAUAGAGUUAAAAUGAUCAUGGCUACAAACAGACCAGAUACACUGGAUCCUGCUUUGCUCCGUCCGGGAAGAUUAGAUAGAAAAAUACAUAUUGAUUUACCAAAUGAACAAGCAAGAUUAGAUAUAUUGAAGAUACAUGCUGGUCCUAUUACAAAGCAUGGUGAAAUAGAUUAUGAAGCAAUUGUGAAGCUUUCAGAUGGCUUUAAUGGCGCUGACCUGAGAAAUGUUUGUACUGAAGCAGGUAUGUUCGCAAUUCGUGCUGAUCAUGAUUUUGUAGUACAGGAAGACUUCAUGAAAGCAGUCAGAAAAGUGGCUGAUUCUAAGAAGCUAGAGUCUAAAUUGGACUACAAACCUGUGUAAUUAAUUUACCAGAAAGUUUUUGAUAGCUGCAUGACAGAUAUGGGCUUAAUGUAAAAAUAAAGUUAAGGAAAAUAAUGUAUGUAUUGGCAAUGAUCUCAUUCAAAGAAUAAAAAUAUGUAUGGAUAACAUUUUAAAAAUAGUAUUUCAGUAAUUCUACUUUUAGAUUGGUACAGAAGAAAUUUGUAUGUUUGUUAAUGUUGCAUUUACUGCAGCAGAGUUAUAAGAGUAUGUUGAAGCUUUUCAUAUUUGCCGUGUGAGCAUUUUGUAAAACACAGAACAUGAUUUGCGAUAGUAGUAAAAGACAGCAUUUCUUAUCACUUAUUUUAUAUCAUUUGUUUUCCUCAUCCUAAAAAGUUGAAUAAAAGCUGUUUAAUUCAGUUCUCUUAC